CAGCUGUAAGCACUUGUUAAAUAAUUACACUUGAGUUAACAAAGUUCAAUUGAUUGUUCUAUGCAGAUGCCUAAGAAAUCUUGGGCUAUAUAAGCUAGAGAUCGCAAGCUCGGAUAAGUUAGUUCUUAACAAAAUGUUGCGAUUUGUUGUACUUUGCCUUACGUUGACCGUGGUCCGUGCAGCCAACGAGAACUCUCCUUGCGUCAGCGGAACUUGGGCUAGCACCUGUCCAACUAGUCCUGCUCCAUAUCUGAUCAAUAUGAACUUGGAGCUCCGCGAUUUCAUAGUGGCCGCCCACAAUGCCCGUCGCAAUCGUCUGGCUCUGGGUCAGUUGCCUGGCUAUCAGUCGGCACGUCGCAUGGCUUUCGUGCGCUGGAACGCUGACCUGGCCAGCCGCGCCGAGCUGAAUGUGAAACAGUGCAUUCGAAAGAGGGAUACCUGCCAUGGUACGGCACGGUUCCCCAAUAGUGGCCAGAAUAUCGCGUACUUUGCUUAUGAUCCGGCUCUAACGGACCGGACGGAUCAGUAUCUGCUGAGGCAGGCCAUUACCAACUGGUGGUUAGAGUACAAGAAUGCCAAUAUGGGAAUCAUCAAUAGUUUUCCCCACACCUGGUCUGGAAAAUCGAUGAGCCGCUUUGCUGUGAUGGCUCAGGAGCGCAAUCUUGCCGUGGGCUGUGCCGCUUCCCGUUUCGUGAAGAACAACCGGAACCACUUCCUCGUCGCCUGCAACUAUGCAGUCAAGAAUACUGUCGGCAGUCCUGUGUACGUGACGGGUCCGGCGGGCAGUGGCUGCCAGACAGGCGUCAACAUCGACUAUCAUGGCCUCUGCAAGUUCGCCGAGAAUUACAAUAUAUAAAAAUAUCCAUAUGAUCCAUAAAUAAAUUUGAACAUUUAA